AUGCAUGUGUACACUGAGUCGCGUCUCGUGGAGCAAACCACUCCGGUGUCCUUGCAGUUCACUGAUCGCGAGUCCUUAGCGCGGAACCUCAGCUUCCCGGACUUCGAUUUGGACUACGACGAUCUCGGGGGCACCUUGCGGUGGCUGGCACCAGACGACGCCAGCCAGGUGACUCACUACUUGAUCUACAUGGUGGUGGUGCCCGAGGGCGACCUAGUGAGCGACUGCGAGGCAAUGGUCACUGAAGAUGUCGACAGCCCGGAAUCCCAUCUUUCUCUGCCGACGCCGGGAUACAGCAUGAUCGGCGCCUACAACGUCAACAUGUCGGUGGUGUGCAACAGGUCUUACUACAUGACAGUGCCGGUUGGCACGGAGAUGCUGGAGGUGCCCCAGAACCUGAGCUUGUAUCCGUACACCCACUGGGCGGUCUACACGCGAUCCUCCUUGGUGGAGCAGUCAACUCCCAGCUCCCUGAUGAUCUACGACAUGGUGGCGAACGUGUCCAACAUCACCUUCCAAGGUCUGGACCUGGACUACGCGCACCUGGGAGGCACGGUGAAAUGGCUGGAGCCAGCCUUGUUGGAGCGGGUCUACAGCUACGUGCUUUACUUGGCAGAGAGCCCCGCCGGGGACUAUCGAUCUCAGGUGGAGAGCGAGGUCCUGGUGGGGACCAACGAACUGCUGGUACCGGCAGAGACACUCCGCAGCUCCUACACCCAUUUCGUGGUCUACACCAAGUCCACCUUGGCAGAGCAGACAACUCCGUCCUACUUGGCCUUCCUGGAUGAAGUGUCCGUCGCCGGCAAUGUCAGCUUUGUAGAUGAGGAUUUAGACCGAUUUGAGAUCGGCGGUGACCUCGUGUGGCUGCAGCCGGAAGACGACUCAGAGGUCACGCACUACAUGAUUUACUUGGCAGAGGACAGCAGUGGCCUGAGUCGGUCACUGCUGGGCAACGUGUCCCGCGGGGUCCACGAGUUCUCGGUACCGGCGGACACGGCGCUGGAAGCCUUCACCCACCUCACCGUCUUCGCCAGGUCGGAGCUGGUGGAGUCAACAACGCCCAACUCAGUGUUGGUGGUGGACGUUUCCUCGAGCAUUUCGAACCUGCGCUUCACGGACCUGGACUUGGACCAGCUGGAGCUCGGGGGCUACGCCACCUGGACCGGGAGCACCAUCGGGGUGGUGGGCUACCGCAUGUACCUGGCCACGGACGCUUCGGGAGCUGGCAGGACUCAGGUAGGGUCAGAAGUGCCCGUGGGCGGCAACGUCCAGAUGGUGCCUGCGGAGACGGCGCUGGGAGACUUCACGCACCUGGCAGCUCGGAUGGGGAUGGCCACAAUCGAAUCCGUGGAACCGAGGUUGCCGCUCGUUGACAACGUGGCGCAAGUAACGGACAUCAUCUUCCCCGACUUCGACCUGGACCAAGGCGAUCUUGGAGGUCUGCUGGAAUGGACAGAACCCAUAGACACAUCGCAGGCCGGCCAUAUUGCUGCCUCUGAAGCAUGUGGCGUCGUCUCAACAGUGAUGCUAGAAGGUGUAUUGGAGGUACGUGAGUAG